CGCGGGGGGUGUCCCUCCCGCCGCCGCCGUCCGCGCGCCACUCCCGGGACGGAUCCUGUGCGUCGCGGGGCGCACUAUGGCGCGCCGGGCGGCCCUCGCGCUGCUGCUGCUUGGCCUGCUUGGCACCCAGGUGCCCACCCGCGGCCAAGAUUUUGAUUUAUCGCAUGCCCUUGAUGACCAUGACAAGAAACCCACUCGGCCCCCACCAAAACAAGCCCCCGAUGAUAACUUCAAUUUAGAAGAUGCCCUUGGUGGAGGGAACAAUGACCCAGUGUCACCCGAACCACCCAAGCCAAAACCUGAUACAAACCCCAACCAGCCCGGCUCUUCUGGUGGCUUUUCGGAUUUGGACCUUACUGAUGCGACUUCAGGUGGAGGAGGCGGUGGUGGCGGAGACCAGAGGCACGGCUCGGAUGAGCAGGCCGACUCCCCGGGGGUGGUGCCUGGAAUCGUCGGUGCCGUCGCAGUCGCCGUGGCCGGAGCCAUCUCCAGCUUCAUCGCCUACCAGAAGAAGAAGCUGUGCUUCAAAGAGAACGCUGACCAAGGCGAGGUCAACAUGGAGAACCAUCAGGGCGCCAACGCCGAGCCACCCGUUCAACAGACCCUUCUGGAGAAAUAGAAGGUCGACAGUCAAGUGAUUCAUAGCAGGAUCCCGAGCUCGCCUGCUGAGCCUAUCCAAAGAUCGCCUGCAGGGACAGAGCGGCCCCGCCGGGAACAAGCCCCGGCUUGUCUGUGCCUUUGCUCAACUUGGGAUUCCUAGUUUUAAUCUUGAGGUGCGUUACCACACCGUGCUGGGUGGGUGAGAUUGACUUGUGAUGAGUUUUGCCUCCAGAGGGGAAUAACACUCACCUUCUCCACGGCCCUGAGGGGUUUCCCGUGUGCUGUGAAAGGCUGACCGGCCAAGUCCCCCUCAUUCAACCCCACUGACUGUUCCCCAAACAGAGACUCCGGGCUGUUUACAAAUUGCCUGUAAAUUGAAUGCGUCUGAACCUCUGCUAACGUUGACCCUUUUAUAGAGUGAGGUAAGCCUUCAGCUAGUUUCCUCAAAAGUUCUUCCAUUUAUUAGGAUUUUUUUUUUUUUUCCACACCAAACUAAUAAAAAGAAAUUAGAAACCAAGUACUUUUUACUUAAUGUUUUGCCAUGGGGUGACUUUUAAAAAAGGUUGUGAAACUAGUGAGAUGGAUCCCCUGUUCCCUUUUCUGGGGCCGUAAGACAGACGAUCAUCCUAAGUGCUGGCUCUUUAUAACAUCUUGCAAUGAACGAAUGCCUACUCCUCUCCUGGUAACAAACGAUGACUUUUCCACCUUUAGAAGCAUUUCCCCCAUUUAGGACAGCGCACACGCUGCGUAGCGUCCAGAAUGCUUGCUUUUAUACGAAAGGGCUUUGCUUGGAUUUUUGCGUUCAUCUCGGGAAGUGCAGAAGCCCUGAUGUUGCAGACGGGCUGGACCUCACCCAUAGACUACCCUCCACGGAAAUAUUAGUUUCCAGUGGCACAGGCUUGCUUCCUCUAAAGCUCUUAGGAUAGUAAUCCAGAGCAGUGGUGGUUUCCUGAGAAGACUUAAUCUUGUCACGGAUGAUGGUGUAAAGAACCGUUGUGUGUUUCACAUCAGCCUCUCCAGGUUCAAAGGCAUGACGUUAGCACACCUGCGUGGGCUGCCUUCGCACAUCACCUGACUUGGGAAAGGGCUGCUGUGAAGUAUCAGUCAUGAAUUCUGGGUCUUUCCCACUUCUGAAGCUCAGAAACUCUGCCAGUAGUUUGAGGGGUAGGCAUCUGAGCCAACCCCCUGCUGGUGAGGACUCAUCCCCUCUCCACGCCCGUAUCCUUUCUGUGACCUCUCCUCACCGCAUUAUCUAAAAGCGUUAGGAGUUUCUUUCUCAAGGUAUUGCUGGAGACCGUCAUCUGGCUAUUUAACUUGCUCUAUCUUUGACACUAUGAUAACUUUUGAGUAUAUGAAAUGGUGUAAAAAAAAAAAAAAAAAGGAUUGGCUAUUUAUCAUAUCCAUUCAUUGCUUCAUUCAACAAAUACCUAUGACCUGGCGUGCACAGGGGUGAACGUGACAUUCUGGAUUCUACAGGAUGGAACACAAAUAAAUGUCAUCCAUCAAUGGAUGGGGUCAGCCAGUUGUCAAGAGCUGAGGGCCAGAUUAGUCAAUAGGCUUGGGUCCCCUCGCUAACUGGCUCAGAGCACCUGGUUACAAAGGUAGCAGAGAGCGUCCAUAUUCUCCCCAGUGAGUCAUCAUGGGUUGCCUUUGAGGUCAGAUCGUGUACACUGACUUGCUUCAUAAUAAGAAAAAAUGCAUAAAGUCUUUUUGUAACUCUGAAUAACCUUGGCAUUUUUAUAAGCAUUGCAAUCAUACUAUAAAGCAUAAAUGCCUCAUUCAAGAAGAGAAGAGUGAAAGGAUGGGUAUUUUUUUAAGGAUAUGAAAUUAUGACUCAUUCAUAAAUAAGUAUACAUCUAAGAAAUAUGUCAACUAGGCUUUUCUUAUGGAUGGUGGAUGUACAUUGUUGUAGACUUCAGUUUAAUUUCACAUUCACAUGAAAAUAAACAUGAUUUUAUCAAAGGUCUGUCUUUUGAAAAAUUGAAUUUAAAUUAUGUGGCUUGGAUCAUUAAAUACUUGGCAUGCCGAUUGCUUUUUAAAAUCAUUUUGGAACUCCCAUAUGAAGAAAUCACAGUCCAACAGAUUUUGAAAUCAACAUAAAGAUUUUAUUGAAGGGCCAAAGGGAGACAAUACCAGUGGAGGAUUUGUUUUAAGUCUGGGUCAUAAUGGAUUUGAUCAACUCACUUAAGCUGUGACCAAGGUUUUGCUGUCAAGGUGCUGCAAUGAAUAUCUCUGUAAGCACAUUUUUGUGGCUCUGUGCAAGUGUGUGUGUUGCAUUAAUGCCUGAAGUUGGCUUUGUGAGGAAAAAAAGCGUGUGUAUAUUUAAUUUUUAUGGACGCUGCCCAGUCAUCCCCCAUAGAGGUUGUGCAAAUUCAUGAUACCCCCCCCCAGCGAUGUCAGAUCUGUUUCCUCACUGCCGUGCAAACUUUCUUUUUUUUUUUUUUCUUUUCGUGCAAACUUUCUGAUUGGUGCCAAUCUGUAGGUUGAAAAAUGGUAUCAAAUCAACUGCUUUUACAUUGCAUUUCUCUUAACACAAGUGAGAUUGAGAAUCUGUGUGGGGGGGACCGAUUUGCGUUCCAUUUCUGGGGGAAAUGAAUGUGCCUUUUGCCUAUGUUUAUAUGUGUUAUCGGUCCUAUCCUUAUUGAUUUGUAGGAACUCUUUACAUAUUAAAGAUAUGACUGUGAA